AUUACCCCACUGGAUCGUAUCUGUAUAUCCUCACUAAACCAACACUCCGGUGUAUAGCACUUCCUCGACAUGAUGAACGACGACUUGCCCUGGCCCGAGCUAGGAAACGUUUCUCGUGGUGCGACUCGCGGGAACCAAGGCCAAAAAGGUGUCCUUGGUGCUCCUGAUAGCGAGGGUCGCGCCGUACUUCAACUCAGGGUCCAACCUGGCGUUCUCGCUGUUCGUCUUAAUCGUCAAGCAACAGAGUGGUAUCGUGCCCUGGACGCGGAGGUGAACCAUGCUCUGAAGCUCACGAAAACAUACUGGCGUAAGGCCAGACGUCGGCAGGACUACGAUGCUCGCGCCGAUCAGGACCACAUGGAGCUUCAUGAAUGGCUUCAGCAACUCAAGGACAAGGUUAUGACUCACCUUGAGUUGCUCAUGCAGAAGGGCGAGAUACAAGGUCCUCCUUACAUUAUGCCCGACCACCUAGAGCUCACGUUCCUCCGAAAAUUCAUCGAACGACAAGCUGCCCGCAUUCCACACAACCCUCGGCUACGCCAAGCAUACCUUGAGGGCGGUUCCCCUCGAGUACCACACUACUCUCAGAUAGGCUCCUCCGAAGGAAGCUCCACUCCCGCCUCCACCAGCUGGGCUGAUGAUAAAGACGAGUCGAUGGAGGAUCAACUUGAGACUCCUCCCCCAACGGCGAGCGCCCAAAGCUCUCAGAACCUUCUCAAUGAUCUUCAUUCAAGUCAGCGGGCUCUUCGGAACGCCCGAGCAAUACUGGCACGAGCACAGAGGGACACAACUGAGGCCUUUUCGAAAUAUAAGGCCUAUCUUGAUGCAGAGACACGAGCUCGACAAGCUGUGACUGAAGCAGAGGAACAUCGUGACUCUCUUAUGUCGUCAUUGGUAGAUGCUUAUCGCGCGAUGGGACUUGAAGUCCCCGAAAUUACUUCCAACGGUGCCUCAACGUCACGAGAAUCUGCAGGGAUCUCUUUAAGCAGUACAACUGCGCAGAGCAGUGUCGAUCAACAGCAGAGACAACGAAGCGCCUCGAGCAGCAUCAUACGGCAGGAUGUCCAUGAUCAUUGGGAUCAUACUCAGUCUUCUCGACCCCGCUCCCAAUCAUCUGCUGUGGGCACCAGCGUUGAGUCGCAGGAUUACGACGCUCGUUUCAGUGGCAUGACUCGAAAACAUUCUCGCAGUUGGGAAAUGCCGCAAGGGCAGUCGGUUUAUGAGAAUCCUGCCUCGCACUCUCCACGCAAACGCCACAGCGGUAGCGAGGAUUAUGAGCGUUCCCCCGUCUUUCGCUACACUGCCGCCUUUCCGUCCCCCAGCAUGGCUGUUCUCUCAAGACCAAGUUACUCCUUGCAUUCGAGCCCCAUGCCGCCGCACUCUCAUCUACCCAGUCAACUGACCGUCUAACUUAUUUCGUUUGCCUGCAUGAAUAUAAUAGCAUCAUUAGUAUAUUCUAUAGUUCUCUUUCUCUUAGAACGGCGAGCGGAAUUUCCCGCUGUGUACUUUUAUCAUUGCUGUAUUCUGUUUCAUGAUUCAUGCUAUCAUCCGCAUGGCCAGAUCUGCCAUCCGAGUUAUUAACUUU